AAUCGUCAAUAAUUUUAAUUAAAAUCGUCAUGAAAUCACUCACUUUUUUUCUUUUUCUUUUUCUUUUUGUUAUUGAUGUCUCAAUUGGCGUAUUUAAAGUUCAUUAUGAUGGGCACAAACUGGUUCGAAUCAUUCCAAGAUCUCUAGAUACUUUGUUAUUUUUACAAAAAUUGAACGCUGCAUCUUCAUCGCUUGAGCUUGAUUUCUGGUCUUAUCCAACACGUUUAAACCGAGCAGUUGACAUAAGAGUUCCACCACACUAUAUUGAAGAAUUAAAUGCAGUCUUACAUUAUCACAAUAUAUCAUUGAUUAUACUAAACAAUGAUUUACAAAGACUACUGCAAAAAGAAUAUUAUCCAAGUAACGCGACAUCUGAUCUUGCUUAUGAUUCUAAAUACCAUCCAUAUUCCGAGAUUCUUGAAGAAAUGCAAAGACUUGCUCAAGAAACAAAUCAUGCAAAACUUAUAGAUAUUGGUACUUCGUAUGAGUAUCGAAAGAUUUAUGCCAUCAAGGUAUUUGAAAGAGAACGUGAUGCGAAACCAAUAAUUUUCUUAAGUUGUGGUCUUCAUGCAAGAGAAUGGUUAAGUCCUGCAACAUGCAUGUUUCUUGCACGCCAUUUACUAAGUAAUACGACUUCUCUUCGUCAAAAUUAUACAUGGGUCAUUCUUCCUGUACUCAAUGUUGACGGUUAUGAGUAUUCCUUUACGACGGAACGAUUUUGGCGUAAAAGUCGUUCUGUCGGUAAAGCUGGAUGUAUAGGCGUUGAUCUGAAUAGAAAUUUUAAUCAUCAUUGGUCUGGUGUCGGUACAAGUGAAAAUCCAUGUAACGUUUUAUACCAUGGUCGGCAUCCAUUUUCUGAACCAGAGACUUACUCGUUAGGAAAAUAUCUGUUAUCUCAUAGGAAGAAUAUUAAAGUCUUUCUUGAUAUUCAUUCAUUUGGUCAAUUAUUUAUGUCGCCAUGGGGACAUACAACUCGUUAUUCUUCGCAUUAUAAACAUACUCAUAAACCAAUGAUGAGAAAAGUUGCAAAUGCCAUUGCUUCAGUUCAUGGAAAGAAAUUCAUAUAUGGACCAGCUUCGAUUGUUAUCUAUCCCACAACUGGUGAUGCGACGGACUGGGUUUAUGCAUAUCUUGGUGUAGUGCAUUCAUACAGCAUUGAACUAAGACCAACAUUUCAAGAUGAACGAGGUUUUAUUGUACCUCCACAGCAAAUUGUCGAGUCAGGAAAUGAAAUACUUAAUGGUAUAAAUGAACUUGUUAGUAACUUAUAGAUGACUGAGAAUGUUAACUGGCCAUGUAUUAUUUGAUAGAAAGUUACGCGAUUCUCGUAAUUUGAACGAAAUUCCAGAGUCCUGCUGGAAAAGCUUUUAUUGGUCCAAUAAUUAUAAAUAUCAAUAUAGUAUUUUCACAUCAAAAUUAUUAUACAUCAUCUCUCAUAUA